UAUCUAUUUACUGCACUAGAUAGGCGCUAAGUGUCCAUGGUCAUGACCACGUGACCUUGAAUCGUGACCUCAAUAUUUCAAGAGUAUUGUAUAGCCGGCGCACGGCGCGGCGGUCCGCGCGGACUGACAACGCGUACCCUCAAACAUAACUCACUGAGCUAUAAUGUAGCGGGAAGGCGGCGCCUGACUCCUCGAGGCACAGGGAUGGACACUCCCGAGGACGAGGCUCUGAACGUUGUCUCAUUUGAGCAAAUACAUGAUCACUCUGAGUGUUGUCAACCCCUCCGCGACUGCUAGUUACGUUCAACACAAGAACAUACGUUUAAAAAUUAAGAGCCAUUAAUAUUCAGAAUUCAUUAAAGUAACGGAACCGUUACUGAUAGCUACAUUUCGCUCACCUCAAAUAUGUACAACCUAUAAGUACCUACCUACACUAACAUACCGCGUAUUGUACUGAAUGUCAUCGGCGUGACAUACGUGUGACGGGGUGACGCUGUAACGGUCCACUGUGCUCAACUGUGCUCAAUUGUGCUCAACUGUGCUGUCUCAGCUCACAGUCUCACAGUUCAUACCAGAAUUUUCACACUGAUACCUUUUUUUUAUAAUUUUCAGUAUUUAUUACAUAUAUUCUAUAACGAGUAAGUUGACACCUCAAGGCGGGGGUCAUUUCUUCGAAACUGUAGAUGAGUACUUCUUUUAGUUUAAAAACCCUUCUCGGUUCUUGAAUGAAUUUAUCAGUGGAAGCAGUUUUAAUGACGCAAUGGGCGCGAUCCGGUUCGCUCAUGUGGUGUGUGUUGCGGCGCGGCGGUUCUAUGGACAUGAGUGUUGGCACUUGGCAGUCGCUGGUGGUCGUCACCACUCGUCACCGGCCCUCGGACUGCUCGCUGCGACGCAUCGCGGCAUCGUGCACACACACACACACACACACUCACCGACCGAGUCAGUCAGUAGUAGUCGGCAGUCGCAGAGUGUCCGGCGCCGCGCGACCGCACGCACGUUCAGUCGAGACGCGACAUUCACUCCUCGAUAAAUGCCGUUAAAAUAUCGUUCGCGAGUCAAAUUAAAGUUUUAAUAUCUUACAUUCUGUCAAUUAAUACAAAUGGGAUAAAGCGGACAGACAAACAGAGUGUAUCGCGGCCGUUACGAGAAAUACUAUCUUUGUGUGAUAUUAGUUGUAAGUUACAAUUUGUUAAUUAGGUUUGGUGUCUUGUGAUAAUCAGUGUCGCACUCAUGGAGGAGCACGGAGGAUAGCCGUCGGAGCCCCGUGGUUCGUCAGGAACGUCGACCUCCAUGACGACCUGGACUUAGAGUCCAUCAAGAGCAAAGAUCGAGUGCAGAGGGCGCCCUUCGAGACCGCGCUGCAUCACGCCGGUUACGGAUGCUUCCAGUGGCUGCUGCUGCUGUCCUGCGGCGCCGUGUACGCCGUCUGCGCACUCAGCACGACCACGCUCAGCUUCGUGCUGCCCGCCACCAAGAAUGACUUCGAGCUGUCGUCCUCCGACAAGGGCCGCCUCACCGCCACGCCGCUCAUCGGAAUGUGCGUCGGCUCGUACUUCUGGGGUAACUUGGCGGACGCUCGAGGCCGAAAGAUCGCCAUCAUUGGAGCUCUACUUUUGGAUGCUCUGGCCGCGUUCCUGUCCAGCGUUGUGCAGUCCUUCUCCGGGUUCCUGGCUUGCAGGUUCUUCUCCGGGUUCGGAAUCAUCGGAGCCACGGGCCUCAUCUUCCCUUACUUCGGUGACUUUCUGUCGUUGAGGCACAGAGACGUGAUGCUGUGCAGGCUCGAGGUGUUUUGGACCGUGGGAACUAUACUAUUGCCAGGGAUCGCGUUUCUGAUCAUCCCGGACAAGCGGUUCACACUGACGGCGGCCGACGCUGACUUCCAGUACACGUCGUGGCGCGUGUUCGUGGCGGCGUGCGGCGUGCCCAGCCUGCUCGUGGUGCUGCUUCUGCUGCCGUUCCCGGAGAGCCCGCGCUACCUGCUGCACGCAAAUCGCGCCGAGCAGGCGCUCCACGUGCUGCGCAGGAUCUUUGUCGUCAAUACCAAGCUUGACGCCAAAGACUUCCCGGUCGAAUCGAUGAUUAGUGCGGGGGACGGCGAUGAGGAGGAGGUGGUGUCUGCCGACAACAACGGCAACGAGACCAAGGCACCGCUCACUUGGAGACAGCGCUGGGACGCUUUCUGGAUCCGGAAGAAGAUGCUCGUCACGCCCCCGUACAUCGGACUGUUAGUCCUGUGCUGUUUCGUGGACUUCGGCCUCAUGUUCAGUUACUACACUUUAAUGAUGUGGUUCCCGGACCUUUUCGAGCGGUUCAGCCAGUUCGCGUCGCUGUACGGAGACGAGCCCGCCGGAGUCUGCGAGGUUUCGCUGGCCGUCGCCAAUGCCACGACCGACAUACCAAUCCAGAGCACGAUGUCGCCGGUGCACGACCAGGUGUACAUCCACACGCUGGUGGUGGCGCUGAGCUGCGUCCCCACCGCGCUUUGGGUCGGCCUCACAAUCAACAUCGUCGGCAAGAAACUCAUGUUAGUGAUCAUGCUGAUAAGUUCCGGGCUGGCGGCCUUGGGUCUUAACCUGGUGCGGUCGUCGCUCGAGAACCUGAUCCUGUCGUGCGUGUUCGAGGCCAUCGUGAGCUGCACGGAGGCCGUGCUCUUCUGCGUCAUCUGCGAGAUCUUUCCCACUAAAGUCGCGGCGACGGCGAUGGCGGUGACGGUGAUGUGCGGCAGAGUGGGCGCCAUCGUCGGCAACGUGGUGUUCGGCGCGCUGGUCGACGAGCACUGCAUCGUGCCCAUCUACAUGUUCGGCACCCUCCUCAUCAGUGAGUGCCGCCACGUCCCGCGCAGCAGUGCCACGACGCGCUUGUGCACGCUCAGUAACGCCGUCUCUCUGUGUUGCAGCGAGCGGGCUGCUGUGCAUCAUCUUACCGAAGAGCACGCGACCGGAGCGGCCUCAGUGAUUCAGCGCUGCCUCUCCUUUAUAUUAUCAAUUAUAAUAUAAUUAUUGUAUACUACCUUUAUAAUGACUUUUAUUAUCUAUUUGUACCUUUACCUUACAAAUAAACUAUUUUGAAAACUA